AUGUCAUCAACGACUUCCUCACGAACAUUCAUAUUCACGCCACCACCCGAUGGCGCACCGGUAGGAUGGGUACCGUCCAACGCAGAUGAUACGUCUACAAGAGGGGGAGGAGGGGGUUUAAGUAAGACCGUAUUGGCUAUAGUAUUGACUAUAAGUGGGGUGGUGGGAUUUUGGUUGAUAGCUAUGAUCUACUGGAUUUAUUCGAUACGUAACUUGAAUAAAACCAAAGUACUCGCUCAACAUUCUACCGAAGGUCGUCGACAAACUUGGAUAGAUUCUACCAAUAUCCCUUCACCUCCUAUCUCACCUAUGACACAUACUUUUGGAAUUGGUAUUGGUCGAAUGAUGAAUGACACAAAGUCGGCACAAUCAACUAGUAGUAGCAGUAAUGGAGACAAUAGUGAUCAUAGACAAUAUAUUACUUCGACUGUUGUAGGGUCGGAAUACACCACUAAGAGCUCAGAGGGGGUAAAGAAGGGGAUAUUGAAGACCGAGAAUAGAGAGAAAGAGAAAGAGGAACGUAGGUGUUGA